UGGUGUCUGGAGCCUUUGUCCUGUGUCAGCGGCAGUGGAAACGUCUGUGUGUGCCAGCGUGCGUGAGAGACCCAGACAAGGACAGCAGUCAUGGAUGAUGUAUACAAGGCAGCGGUUGAAAACUUAACAGAAGAACAGAAGAAUGAGUUCAAGGCUGCGUUUGAUAUCUUCAUCCAGGAUGCGGAGGAUGGCUGCAUCAGCACCAAGGAGCUGGGGAAGGUGAUGCGUAUGCUGGGCCAGAACCCAACGCCAGAGGAGCUGCAGGAGAUGAUAGAUGAGGUAGAUGAGGACGGCAGCGGGACAGUAGACUUUGAUGAGUUCCUGGUGAUGAUGGUGCGCUGCAUGAAGGAGGAGAGCAAAGGGAAGUCUGAGGAGGAGUUGGCCGAACUCUUCCGUAUGUUCGACAAGAAUGGAGAUGGCUACAUUGACCUGGAAGAGCUGAAAGCAAUGCUGGAAUCUACGGGUGAGGCCAUCACAGAGGACGACAUCGAGGAACUGAUGAGAGACGGAGACAAAAACAACGAUGGCAAGAUCGACUAUGACGAAUUCCUGGAGUUCAUGAAGGGAGUUGAAUAGACCCUCAACCGUGCGGAUUUCAAGACUGAACCUUAAUGCCCUGAAAUUAAAAGAUACAGAAGAACAUCCAAUAACCAAACACCCUUUCCUGUCUUUUAAGCUUGUGAUGACAUCAUUACCAGAGUCGGGAGGUCGGAAAGGGUCAGUGUGUAUCACACACAACUGUGCUCCGAAUGGUUGUACAUAAAACCCAGACCCCAAAAACAUGGGAUAUUAGCAAAAUUGCAAAUCUGUUCUUUUUGUCAGAUAAUCCAAAUAAUGCUCUUAUCUUAAGGUCCCCACUUACUGGUGAGCGUUGGUCAAUUAAGUGUAAAUCUUCAAAGACAACUUUAUUACUGUACUACAAUCUCACCACUGUAUAUUUUCAAUAAAGAAAGCAGCUUUUCUGUAGCCUA